CCCUCCUCGUAGAAGAUGGUCAUUACACCCCGACCGUGAACGUAAAUAGUGAACAGAACAAGUACAGAGCACAAAAAUAUUUGAUCAUCAAUAAUAAUUGGAGCCAGAUAAUUUUAAUACUUAAUAAUGGCUGACGAGUCAUUUGAUGUCUGCGAAUGCAUUUGGAAUUAUAAUGCAAUGCAGCGAUUACUGUCAUUGUUGCGGCAAACGCAGGCAUACUGUACUGAUAACGAGUGUUUCAACUUGACAAAUCUUCCGGGGCCAGAAGGGAGUCAAGGGAAUUCGGAUUUCCUGUUCAUUGGAAUCGCAUUUUUCGCGAUGACCCUCAUGUACUUGUUCAGACCGAACUCGAUGCGUCAGGGCUACGGAGAUGAUGUCAAGCCACGCAAUUUAACUGGCCCCAAUGAUGAUCCACCAGCACCGCCGCCAAUAAAUUAAUAAAAAUAAAUCAGCAGUUAAUUUCGGGCUUUCAUUAAAUCCAAUUAUACAUUAUAACAAAACUAAUUGUUUAAAACAAUCAAUUUAAAUUUUAAAUCACUAAAAAAUUUAAUUUUAAGUAUCUAAUACUUUUACGGAAGAAAUAAUUGUGGAAAAAUUACAGUUUCAAAUCUCAGCCCCUCUACUCCGAAACUGUAAAAAUAACAUUAUUUUUUAAACGCAGUAAUUACUACGUUUCAUUCAUAGUAAUGUUUCGUUCAAUUAAAAAGACAAUAGAAACUAAAAUUUGAUAUCUGCCGAAUUUCAUUAACUCGGACAUUUAGUCUACGGAGCGGAAAUUUUUUUAAAUUUCCUAGUUAACGGAUGCCCCUUCUCCUAGAAAAAAGAAACUACCACGCAUGCGCUCUUACAUCACAUGUGUGAUUCAUAUAUAAACAUAUAUACACAUACAAAUAUAUAGCAACGAGUGGGAGAGCGUAGCUCGUAGUAGGGGUCAAGAUUCAGGGGAAGUUCCCAGAUAAUGGAAUCCAAGGCAAUGGAGUUUGGCUGCACUUGAAGUUUUUUAUGAGGACCCCGUUUUUGUACCGUCAUUUUUCCACUGCCCUUUUUUCCGUGCCGAUCAUUUAAAACUUUUUUUUUUUAGUGAUGUAUAAUUUUAUUUAAAAAAAAUUAAAUAUUUCGUCUCCGCACAAUUAUUAAAUAAAAAUUGUUUUUAUUAUAAUUGAUAUUGAUAUUGAUAUUAAAUAAUAAUAAGUAACGAAAAUAUAUAUUAUAUAAAUAUAUUUUUAAAUUGUAAAGUUGGAAUAAUGUGAAUACUAAUGUAUAAAUUAAGAGAAAAUUAAUUAACUAAACUAGAAGUAUGUAAUAAUUAUUCGAGUGGAAUUUUAUUGUAAAAAAAUGUUAUUGUAGGAAAGAGAGAGUUUAAUACGACUAAAAAUAAAUUAAAACAUUCCAGGUUUGCAAUAAAGAAUUUAAAAAAAAAACUAAUUAAUUAAUUACUCAUUUGUUGUUUUUAUUAAGAAAUAUAAUUUUGUCAAUGGUACUUUCAAAUUUAACUUAUUUUCACCAAAAGAUUUUAAAAUAUGUACAAACAUUUAAUUGUAACGGACAAUUUAUCAAUUAAUUAUUACUAUUAUUGAUUACUUUAAUAAUAAUAAACUUCAAGAGUAA